UGAAUCGGGUGAACCUCUUCUUAACGACGGACUUCCUAAGCCCGUAACAAAGGAAACGGUAUCCUGGUUCGUAGACUCGUUACGUGAAAGUCGGGAAAAUCUGCUCGUUAAUUAACGAAUUUAUGCCAUUCAUCGUCUGGUGAAAUUUCGCAAUCUCGACAGGAUCAAGUGCGCCGAACGAAACGCGCGAAAUAUCAGAGGCGGAGUUUGAAGAAAAUGCGAAAGUUAAUUUUCUGGGACUGCAAGGAAGAAGGCUGAUGUUAACUCGCCGCCACGGCUCGUUGCUGAAAAUCAUUGCGAAUUAGAGUGCGAAACCGAGUACACCAGGUAACACCGUAACGAGGAAAUUCGUAACGUUCCUGCCGGUUGUUGUGUGAUUUUUUUUAAAUUGAUACAUAGGACGUAAGCCCGUUAACACUAGGAAAAUAGUUAGCUAGUCAGGAACGCCGAAGAAUUGGAAAGCAGUAUUUUAAUUCCAGGAAUCUUCCGGCAUGACUGCAGCCGCACGAUUCCUGGACAGUACACAAACGGAUCGACCGAUGCUUGGAAGAGAAGUUCGCAAUCUAAGCUUCCGAAAGACGUAGAAACGAGGAACUAGGCUCUUUCGAAUGCAACGAGACUCGCGGGCUCGCACAACUGGGCUAAUUAAUCUGUCCUGCAUUUAUAUCGUUAUUAUUGCAAUUAGCGAAAAAGAAAAUGUUUACGAGCGGCGAAUGCACCUCCCAAGAGGCAUUCAGACAGUCGACAUAUGUCUGAACGUUUCAUGGCUCCCGAGCAUUUCUGCGCAACCGAUUUUACGACUAUUUAAGUAAAUCCCAUUUCAUCAAGCGGAUCCAUUUCAGAGAAAUUUCUCUCCGUCGAGACGCUCGAGUGGCGCUCGUUCCUUUCCAUCCGAGGAAGCACGUGAACUCUGCCAAAUGAUCUGGCAACGGAAGUGACAUUUCGGAAGUGGGGGCCGAAUUUUGGAUUUCAAGAUAUCGUAAGGGCAUGGAACCAUGUUCUAAUGCCAUGGCUCGCUGACAACAGCCAAGAAGAAUUGGAGUGUGAAGCUGGAGAACGGGAUGGCCAGCGUUACGAAGGGGAAUUCAUGACUUUCUCGAGCUCGCGAAAACCUGCAAAUGCCCUCGCCGACUGGAAAUCUUCCGGACCAUCGCCUGGAGCAUUCGAUAAAUUUCGUGGGGAGGAGAGAAAGUUGGCGACAUUUUUUGAAUACGCCUCUGCGACACGAGGACAAUCACGAGAGUGCGUGGCCUUACAUUUUCUCGGUCGCGUGGAAGAUGAAGAGAGCCGAAGUGCCGGGUUUGCAUGAGAAAACUCAUCAGUGGCUUCUGGAAGGUCGUUUAACCACCGGUCAAUUUAGCAGGAC